CAAUGGCACUUAAAGGGCAAGAAGAUUAUGUUCUUUUCAAAGAUCCUUCUCAUCCUUUGGAUUUCUUGGAAGCAUUCAGAACAUUCUUUGAUGGAUUAUUUACCGAUAUAACACUUCAGUGUCCUUCAGGUGGUAUCUUCCAUUGUCAUAAAGCCGUUUUAGCUGCCUGCAGCAAUUAUUUUAAAGCAAUGUUUACAGCUGACAUGAAAGAAAAGUUUAAAAAUAAAAUAAAACUCCCUGGGAUCCACCAUGAAGUUCUAGAAGGUCUUAUCAAUUAUGCAUACACUUCACAAAUCAGAAUAACCCAAAGAAAUGUUCAAAGCCUCCUUGAAGCAGCAGACUUACUGCAAUUUUUUCCUGUAAAGAAAGCUUGUGAGCAAUUUUUGGUAAGGCACCUUGAUGUCGAUAAUUGCAUAGGAAUGCAUUCUUUUGCAGAAUUUCAUGUGUGUCCAGAAUUAGAAAAGGAAUCCAGAAGGAUGCUUUUAUCAAGGUUCAAGGAAGUAUGGCAACAAGAAGAAUUUCUUGAAAUCAGCAGUGAAAAAUUAUUCUUUAUUUUGUCCAGAAAGAAUUUAAGUGUUUGGAAAGAAGAAACUGUCAUAGAACCAGUUAUUAAAUGGACAGCACAUGAUGUGGAAAAGCGAAUUGAAGGCAUUUAUGAUCUACUAAACUAUGUAGAAAUAGAUAUAGAUCAAAUGUACUUGAAGACUGCUUUGAGUCUUCAGAGAAGACACUUACUAACUGAAAACAAGUUAAGAGCCUUAAUAUAUAAUGCUCUAAGUCCUAUGCAUAAGGAGGUUUCCCAGAGGUCCACAGCUACUAUGUAUAUAAUAGGAGGCUAUUAUUGGCAUCCUUUAUCAGAGGUUCACAUAUAUCCUUUAAUAAAUGUGUGGAUUCAGGGAGCAGAAAUACCAGAUUAUACCAGAGAAAGCUAUGGUGUUACAAGUUUGGGACCCAAUAUUUAUGUCACAGGUGGUUAUAGGACAGAUAACAUAGAAGCCCUUGAUUCUGUCUGGAUCUAUAAUAGUGAAACUGAUGAAUGGACUGAAGGCUCCCCCAUGCUCAAUGCAAGAUAUUAUCACUGUGCAGUUACCUUAAGUGGUUGUUCUAUGCCCCUGGGGGGUUACAGAAAAGGUGCUCCAGCAGAAGAAGCAGAGUUCUAUGAUCCUUUAAAAAAGAAAUGGAUUCCUAUUGCAAAUAUGAUUAAGGGUGUGGGGAAUGCUACUGCCUGUGUCUUACGGGAAAUCAUCUAUGUCAUUGGAGGCCACUGUGGUUACAGGGGAAGCUGCACUUAUGAUAAAGUCCAGAGUUACAACUCAGACAUCAAUGAAUGGAGUCUGGUCACCUCUAGUCCACAUCCAGAAUAUGGAUUGUGUUCAAUUCCAUUAGAAAAUAAGCUAUAUCUUGUUGGUGGACAAACCACAAUUGCAGAAUGCUAUGACCCUGAACAAAAUGAAUGGACAGAAAUAGCUCCUAUGAUGGAAAGGAGAAUGGAGUGUGGUGCUGUCAUCAUGAAUGGAUGUAUCUAUGUAACUGGUGGAUAUUCCUACUCAAAAGGAACAUAUCUUCAGAGCAUUGAGAAAUAUGAUCCUGAACUUAAUAAAUGGGAAAUAGUGGGUAAUCUUCCUAGUGCCAUGCGUUCACAUGGUUGUGUUUCUGUGUACAAUGUAUAAAUGGAAUCUUAUGAAAACCACUAAGUAAUCAAAACAAUUCACACCUAGCAGAGUACCAAUAAAGAAUCUUAUUUGGUAUCAAAAUAUUAUUUGGACACUGGAGAUUAUCCACUACACCCCCAUGUUUUCUAAAAACUGCAUUAUUUUUAAUAUUUACUUGGACAGCUACAUAAUAAAGGUAGAAAAUUAAAGACAUUUGAAGUCAUGCAUUUCCUUAUCACAGGAUCGAUACUGGUAAGACACCAGAACCUUACUGUGAAAUUGAUACUCAGUUUCUGCCCUUAGUGUCAUGGGCAGUGCACAUUAAAGUACAAUCUAACAGGUGAUUGAAGUGGAUAGAGGAAAUCUUUUCUACCUCUAUACAAUUUUUCAAUAUUUUUUGAAACUUUUUUCAGCUCAAAGUACUGUGGAAUGUAACAUGAAACUAGACACAAUCGUCUUGUCUAGUUUUCUUUUUCUCAUGCAGUUUGUAUAAUCUUUUCAAGUGACUUGAUAGCUAUUAUUUUAGAUUUACUGAGUAUUAUUAACAAUGUUAUAUAAAACAGUCACUGCCUAAGAGUUUACAACCUAAUACUGAAAGGAUGGCAAAACUGAAAAAUGAGAAAAUAUAAUUGCUUAGAAGACUUUGUAUUAAGUAUCAAAAGUUUGUUUUUUUUUUUAACAAAUGUGAACUUUUAUGCAAACAAGGUUACAGUUUAGCUUUCCAUAGUUGACGCAUGUGAAAAAAUACUAAGUCUCAUACCUUUAUAUAGAAUGCAUUUUAGAUCUGGAAGGAACCCUGAUGUUCUUAACCCAGCCAGUUAAUUUUUUCUUUCAAACAGAUAAUGAGAAAGACUGUAUUAAGUUUGUUUAAAUUUUAAACAUUAAGGUAAAAAAGGCUUAAAAUGCUUGAAUUCUUUUCUGUUUUGAAAAUAAAUUACCAUAUCCAAAGUAAAAAAAAAACACCUCUGAAAUAAGAGGAAUUGUGUUGAAGCCCAGUCUGAAUUAGUAAAAAGUAUUACUAAUAGAAUAGGAUGGAAUGUUAGAACUGGAAAGGAUCUUAGAGAUCAUCUAGUCCAACAAAGCAGAAAAUGGAAAAGAAAUAGAGAAACAUUGAAAAACUCUAGACUUACAUCGACCUUGUCUAGGGAUAUAUUUUUUAAAAUAGAUGUGAAUUUCUAAUUGCUUUCUGCAUGCUAUCAUUAUUUAAAUUUUUUCUAGAGUUCUUCAAGAUCUUGUUUAAGUCAUCCUGCCUCUUCUGUACAGACUUUCUUGAUUAUCCUAGCUCUCAGUGAUCGUUUCUUCUUUAAACUCCUGUAGUAUUCUUUGUUGGUACUUGAGGUUAACAAUUCUUGUAGAGUAUUAAAAUUCCUUUUUCUAAUGCUAAGAUAUUCCAGACUCCCACAUUAUAGUACUUUGAUUACUAUCCAUUGAUUGAGAAAAUAUAUAAUCAAAAAAGACUUUUUUGCAUUCAUUAAUAUUGGAAAAUGUAUUUCUGUUUUAUUAAUCAUAACAGCAUCUACAUACAUUUUAAAGUAGUAUUGUGUACAUAUAUGAGACAUUUAUUUAUUCAGGCAUGUUUUCUUUUUUUAUGGAUUAACAGAACUCUUGCAGCAAUUCCCCUACAGUUGACAGGUUUGGAUCCACUUGUCUGGACUACUCAUCUAGCACUGAUUUGUAGUAACAAAUCCAGUGCUGGUUUGUAUUAUUAUUUAGAGGACUAGACUAGAUGAUCUUCUGAGGCCCCUUCUAUAUCUAAAUCUAUGAUCCUAUUGUCUUUUAAUGUAUUUAUCCUGUGUCCCUGACAGAUUUUAAGCAUGUUCAUAGCAGUGACAUUGUCUUAUACCUCUUUCCCCCCAGUGCCUAUCAACUGUUCCCUGCACUAGUAGGUAUUAAAUAAAUGAAUGUUUGUCAGUGACAUCAAUUGUUUGUAAAUUUAAAAAAACCUGUUUGAAGUGUUUGAAGAUGCUUGAAGUUUGUGCUACUAAGUACUUUUUAACAGUUUGUUUUUUUCUUUUAAAAUACUAUUUAUGUUUUUAAUUUGCACUCUGAAGAAAGGAUUAAAUAAAGGCAAAUUUCAGCUGUU